AAGAAAUGAUUCAAAUGGGUUCAGGUAAAGCAUAUUUAAAAUAAAGAUCAUCAGAUUAAAAAAGUAUUUAUAUAAUAUAAUUAAAUAGAUGAUCCAGAUACAAACAUAUUUACAAUUAAAUUUUCGGAUUUAGCCUAAGAAUUCAAUAAUACAAUACAUGUAGAUCCAUAUUAUUGUUCAAAUUGUAGGGCAAUUCUUAAUAAAUAUUCAAAAUUAAAUUUUAUCGAAAAUUCAUCUGAAGUUAGAUACGUUUGUGAGUUUUGUGAGAAUGUGAAUAAAGUAAAAAUUGAUAAGAAGAAUAUUCCAUAAAAUGAUGAAAUAUAAUAUUUAAUUUAAAGUGAAAUAGAGGAAAAUAAAAUAAAAAAUGAAAAAUCGGUUAUAUUUUGUAUAGAUGUAAGUGGUUCAAUGUCAACAACAACAAAAAUAAGUGGAAAAGUAGGAUGCAAUUCUGAAAAUUACUUAUAAGAAUAUGAAAUGCUAAAAGAAUUUAUUGAUCCAAAGGAUAGACCACAUUAUUUAAAGAAAUUAUAAUAAAAAUAAAAGAACGUUAGUCAUAUAUCAAGAAAAUAGUGUGUUAUUACUGCAAUAGAAUAAUAAAUAAAGAUGUUAUAAGAAAAGAAUCCAGAGAAAGUAGUAGGAUUAGUAACAUUUAAUAAUGAGAUAGUUGUAUAUGGCGAUGGAUCUUAAUAACCAAUAGUAUUAAGUGGAGAAUAAUUACAUAAAGAAGAAGAAAUAAAAAGAAUUAUAAAUUAGAAUUCAAAACAAAUGAUGUAAAAUUCUAUCGAAAAAUAAGGAGAUACAAUAAUAAAGAGAUUUUAAUAAUUAAGAGAGGAUGGUUAAACUGCUUUAGGUCCAGCAUUAGUAUCUGCAUUAGAAUUAGCAAAAGUAGGUAAACCUGGUUCAAUGAUAAUUAUAUGUACAGAUGGUUUAGCAAAUUUAGGAUUAGGAUCAUUAGAUGGUGAUUCAAAUAGAAAUUUUUAUGAAGAAUUAGGAUAAUAAGCUGCUGAAAAAGGAAUUAUAAUAUCACUUGUUACAAUAAAAGGUGAAGGAUGUAAAAUAGACACCUUAGGAUAAUUAGUUGAAAAAACUAAUGGAAGUAUAACUAGAGUUGCACCUGAAAAAAUUGGAUAAGAUUUUGAAAAUAUAAUUAAUGAUGCUGUUAUUGGUACUUAAGUAGAAUUAGAAGUAACUUUACAUAAAGCUUUAUAAUUUAGAGGCGAAGACAAUCUUUAAUAAUAAAACAUUAUUAAAAGGUAUAUUGGUAAUAUAACAAGAACUACUGUUUUAUCUUUUGAAUAUUAACUAAAAUCAAUCGAAGAAUUAGGAAAAUUAAAUAUUAAUAUUAAUUAAUUAAAAUCUAUACCAUUUUAAAUUAAAGUUACUUAUAUCAAUUUAAAAGGAUAAAAAUUAAUUAGAGUAUUUACAACUCUUGUUUAAACUACUUAAAAUAUUGAUGAAGCUGAAAAAGAAGCUUAAGUUGAUGUUAUUCAUGUAAGAAUUGCUCAAAAAUCAGCUUAAUUAGCCAAAUAAGGAAAUUAUUAAGAAGCUUGUAUAUAUAAUUAAAAUUGGGAUUAAUAUGUUCAAUCUAAUUAACAUAUUAAUAGUAAUCAUAUUAAUUAAUAAAAAAAUCACAAAUAUUCAAAACAUAAUGCUAAAUUGUCAAUUGCUUUAAAAAAUUAGGAAGCCAGAUGUUAAUUGUCCUAAUAAUUUAAAGAAACUUCUAAUGAAAAAUAAAAUGAUAAUGAUAAAUCUAUUAAUUUGAAUAAAUAAUAAUCAACUCCUGGUGGGGAAGACACAUUGAUAUUUCCAUCAAGUAAAUAAAAUAUAAAGAAUCCAUAAUCAACAUCUAUUAAAACAACUUAAGAAAAAGAAAACAGUAUAUAAAAAAAUAAUGAUAAUCCUGAAGUAAAUAAAGAAACUACAAGACCAACGGAUUCAAUUUCUAGCUCUUAAAUUUGGUCAUUUUAAAAUAAAAAAAUAAAUGAGAAUUAAAUGACUAAAUAUGAUUCAAACUCAUUUACUAAAUAAGAAUCAGAUUUUAGUAUAAUAAAAGAUAAACCCAAUAGCAAUUCUGAAUCAUCAAAUGAAUCUGACGAAGAUUAAGAUUUUACAACACUGUUCUUUUAUGGAAAAGCUACUUUUUGA